AUGGCAGAAGAAGAAAAUAUUUCAGCAUUGGAAACUUAUAUUCUUUCCUCAGAUAAGCAGUCAGCUAUAAAAUCUUUUCCACCAACUUCUUCGUUUGGGCUAUUUUUGAAAGCUAAUCUUUUACUCAAAGAAGGCCAAUCCAGCAGUUCAGAAUACGAGGAAACAUUAAAAGAGCUUAGAAAAUCAGAUAAAAACCUUUAUCUUACAAUGACCACUAGACAAGAUAUAAAAGAUCUUGAUUUUAUAGAAACAAAAGAAAAAAUCAACGAAAAGAUUGAUGAAAUCAGUUCAAAAUUGAUGGGAUUUCAGUUUGAUUAUCCAGUUCCGAUAUCAUCUGAUAUUAAAGAAAAGAAAGAAUUUAAUGCUCAUUUGACCGAAAAUUUAUUUUCAGAAAUUUUUGACAGCUCGAUUUUAUCUCAUGCAAUGCUCUCUGAUUUAACUUCUCACUCCUACCUUUAAAUUGGAACAAAAUAUCCAUUUUUGGACCCCGUUUUAAAACUGGAACAAAAUUUUGUUCAAUAGGAAAUUUUAUAUUUAGCAUACGAAUUUUUUAUAAAAAUUAGUUUUGACCUAUUUAAUAAAGCAAUUAGAGUAUUUAAAUUGUUUUUACAUUGGAUCAGCUAAUUUUUGAAUUAAUACUUUAUAAAAGUAAAUUAAAAUUCAUUAAAUUGUUUUAAUUUUUAAAAGAGAAAAAUUUUAUAUGAAUUUUUUUUUGUAGCCCAAGUUUUUAUUGGAAUAUUUUUUUUUUAAAUUUAAAAGGGGGAGAGUCAAGGUAAAUUGAAAAUAAAUACUGCGAAAUUGAAUCAGGAAUUAUUCAAAGAAUUAUUAAUUGACUGAAAUUAUUUAUAUGUUUUGCAAGGUGUUCCAGAAAAAAUAGAUGAAUUGAUAAAAGAAGACAAUUUUCAUUUCGUUCAAUGCUUUACAUGCAUGAGCCUUCAGCAAAUGGAAGAUUUAUUGAAAAUAAAUAAAAAUAUUAUCAAUAGCUCAGGGUUCGUUAAAGCAUUUUUAUAUAAAAAAUACUUUUAUAAGCUACAGAGUGAUAAUCUGGAAAAUUAUGAAAUUUAUAGUAGAGUCUGGGAAGAAAUUAAAGAUUUUCCUGAAAAAUUAAAUUCGCUAAAAACGGUCAUACUUUUGUCUUUGCUGAAUUUAGGGGUAAAAUUUGGAAUUUAUGAUGAAAAUUUAUUUAAAAAAUAUUUAGGGCUCCAUAAGAAUGGUCAGAUUUAUAGCUCAAAUAACGAAAAUAUAGAUAAAAAAAUAAGCAAAUAUGCAGAUUUUGGUUAUGAUGAUUGGAAAAAUGAUCAAGAAUUGGUAGAAGAAUAUCUAGAGGAAAUAUUGAAGCAGAAAGAGAAUGCUAAUAAAUAUAAAUCGUUUUUUGAAGAAAAAUUUCUUAUUGCCCCCAUCCUUGAUCGAACGAUUCUAUUGAAAAAUUCCUAAAAUUGGAAAAAUUAAUACCUUGAUUGAACGAUUUUCUUAUAUACAAUAAAUCAAUAGAUUAGUUAAUAUUUAUUAUAAUUUAUGAAAAUUAGGCAAAUUAAAAGUAAUUUACGUGUUUUCUUAAUAGUCUGCACGGAAUUAAUCAUUUAAAGUGCUUUAGACAUCAACCUGGCUUAAUAAUCUAUAAGUUUAGAAUUAUUACAAAUUAAAAAUAAUUAAAAAGGAACAGAAAUAUUUUAUAGAGAGAAAGGGGAACUAGACUUUUUAAAUUAACACCGUUUUUCAUUUUAAUAGUUUAAUAAUUACUAUCUCAACCCUCUUAUUUAAAAAUACGCCAACCAAUAAAAAUAAUAUAUAUAUUAUUUUUAUAUAUAAUUUUUUCAAAAAUUUUUUAAACCCUCACCAUGAUCGAACGAUAAAGAUUCGUUCAAUCAAGGAUGGGAAGGAGUUAGAAGAACAUUUGCAAAAAUAAAAAUUCAAACUGGAGUACCUCCAUCAGAAUUUGAAGACAUCAUUACUCAAAAUGAUCUAGCCUCUAUUUCCUCUGAAAUUGUGCUUGAGACAUGUAAAGACAAUCCCACUUCUUUCCACAGAGAUGAGCUUGUUAGAUUCUCUAUAAAAACUAAAAAUAUCCCAAAACUCCUCGUUAAAGUCCUCGAAAUAAAUACAAAAUUUUACUAUCUUAAGCAUAAUUCCAAAAUCCCUAAUGAUAUUUGUUCAGAAGGCCUCAUUGCAAAAUACGAAAAAAAUUAUGAGUAUUCAGAAUCUCCAUUAAUAAAAGCUAAGAGAAUUUUAGAAUUCCCAGAACUUAAAAAUAAAAUUGGAUUAUUUGUUAUUGAACUAAUAGGAAAUGGAAGACAUUCUAGAGCUAUUAUAAGAAAAGGAUCAUUAAAAUAUGCAUGAAAAAUCACAGCCUCUGGGCAGCUCGUUAUGAUUUUAGAUGAAGAAAAUAAAAUAUGCAAGAAUAAUGGAGCAGGAGUUUAUUUAGAUGAAAGAUUUUAUUCUUGUGAAAAUAAAGAUGGGUGCGCGCUGUUGCCGUUCGCUAAUGAAGAAAAUAUAAAAAAUAUUAUUUUAACUGAUGGAAUCAUUGCAGAACUCGUUGAAGGAUUUUCACAUUAUACUGAAUCUUAUGAGUUAAAAUCAGCUUUUUUCGUCCAUGAAGAGCAAUUAUUAGUAGGAAAUAAAGCCAAAAUUUCAAUAUAGUUUUCUUUAUUAUUUUCUUCAAAAUAAGAAAAAGCUAUUUUUCUAUUUCUUAUUAAAAAUCUUAAAUUAAAUUUAAUUAAGCACAGUAUAAGCCAAACCUUUAUGUAAAUGGAGUAAAAACGUUCCUAUCUUUAUUAACUGACUGCAAAGCUGUUAUAGAAACAGUAGACUAUGAAGGAAUUUCUUCAUCUAAAACUUAUUCAGAUUUUUCGCUUUUAGAUGAGAAUUCAAUUAUUAGCUUACAAAUUCAAGUUCCACCAAGGUUAAAAAACGUUAUGAUAUCUUUUACAGGGGAGGUAGAAAAUUUAACAAAAAAUAAAAAAAUUCCUCUUGAAUCAAAUUUUUCAAUUGAUGUGAAUACUUACUUGGGCAAUGAUGCAAUAUAUGGUGCUUAUUUAAAUCUUGGGAGUAAUGGGUACCUAAUUCCCCUCCAUGAGUAGCAAAAAGCUUUAUCCGCUAACGAAAGGGGUUAAUUUAAUUUUUUCAAAAAUAUCAUUCUCGCAAAAAUUUAGAACUAAAAAUUCAUUUAAUUUGCGAAAUUUAUUUUUUAAAAUGCAAGUUAUUUAAAUUGCACAAAAUUAGCUAGAAAUUUCAUUAUAAUAAUUAUUACCUAUAUAUCGAAAUUUUUUUUUCAAAAAACAUUUUUGAUCGCUGAAAAUAGUGAUUUUUCAAUGGUUUUGCUCUCACAGGUGAGAGAAGUAAUAGAAAUCAAAGGAAAUAAUGGAGAGCCCUGCUCAGAUGUGCAAGUUGAAGUAAUUUUAGAGCAUGAUGAUUGGCUUAGUACCAGAUCAGAAAUACUUAAAACUGAUGAAAUGGGGAAAAUAUAUUUAGGAAAGCUGACUGAUAUUACUAAUUUAUCUGCUAACUCCCCCCCCCUCCGUGAGUGAACAAAAAAAUUUUGUUCACUCAUGGAGGGGGGUUAAUUUUUAUUUUAAAAAAUUUAUAUAUAAAUUUUGGAGAACUUUUUGGGACGGCAAAAAUACUGCAAGGCUCUGCAAAAAACUGCAAGGCCAGUAAAAAAAUGGCAAAGCCAAGCAAAAAAAUGCAAAACUUGCAAAAUUUUUGCAAGUUUUGUAAAAACAUUGGACAAAAGCAAAAGCAAUUUAAAAAAAAAGCAAAGCCAUGCAAAAAUUUAAAAAAAAAAUGAAAAAUUUCGCAAAGCAGGCAAAACUUUUGCAGGGUGGCAAAAAAGUUGCAAAAAUUGGCAAAAAUCACGAUUAGAAAAUUUAACAGUAAAAUUUAAUAAUUUAUUGGAAGUGUAGUACAAUGUUAAAUUAUUUAAACAACAUAUAAUAUAGAAAAAAUAGAAAUUAAUUUCGUGAAAUAAAUGCUAAAGUCUAAUACAAAUAUCUUUUAAAAGAAUUUUCCAAAAACAUAACUUAAGAAUUUUAAAAUUUUGGAAAAUUUAAUUUUGGCAAAACACUUUGUUGUAUCUCAUUUUAAAAUUUUGCCAAAAUUAAAUUUUCCAAAUUUUGAAAAUUUUUAAGUCAUGCUUUUAGAAAAUUCUUUAAAAGAUAUUUGUAUUAGACUUUAGCAUUUAUUUCACGAAAUUAAUUUCUAUUUUUUCUAUAUUAUAUGUUGUUUAAAUAAUUUAACAUUGUACUACACUUCCAAUAAAUUAUUAAAUUUUACUGUUAAAUUUUCUAAUCGUGAUUUUUGCCAAUUUUUGCAACUUUUUUGCCACCUUGCAAAAGUUUUGCCUGCUUUGCGAAAUUUUUCAUUUUUUUUUAAAUUUUUGCAUGGCUUUGCUUUUUUUUUAAAUUGCUUUUGCUUUUGUCCAAUGUUUUUUGCAAAACUUGCAAAAAUUUUGCAAGUUUUUGCAUUUUUUUGCUUGGCUUUGCCCAUUUUUUACUGGCCUUGCAGUUUUUUGCAGAGCCUUGCAGUAUUUUUGCCGUCCCAAAAAGUUCUCCAUAAAUUUUAUAAAAAAUAUUUUUUUUCGAAAUUUUAAAAAAAUCCUAGUUCGCAAAACUUGGAAAGCAAAUAUUAAUUUAAUUUAUAAAAUUUAUGUUUUAAAAAGCAAUUCGUUUAAAAUUAAACAGAAUUAGCUCUAGAUUUCAUUAUACUAAUUAUCAUUUAUAUAUCAAUUUUUUUUUCCAUAAAAAAUUUUUCUAUUAAAAACAUUUUUGUUCACUCACGGAGGGUGGGUUUUUGGGCAAAAAAUGGCGAUUUUUCUAAUGGUUUUGUUCACUCACGGAGGGGGGGGGAGUAAGGUGAAGUUUCCAGAAAAUGAACAAAAUUUUAGCUGAUAUCUUGGUUUUUUUAAAAAAGCAAUCCAAUAUCCAAGCAUAAUAAAUUUAUGUGAGGGGGAUGAAUUUGGAAUUCCUGUGGAUUUUACUAUAGUUAACAGUAAAGAGAUAACUUUGGUAUUGGCUCAUGAUUCAACAAUAAUUGAUAUUUUUAAUCACAAUUUGCAACUUGAUUACGAAAAUUCAGUAAUUUGGCUUAAGAACAUGACAGAAGGGACUUACGAAUUGAAAAUAAAUUCAUAUACAAUUAGUGUCCAUGUGAGCCAGGGGAUACAUUGGGAUAACAAUCAAUUUAUUUUGUCAGAAAAUUUAGUUAUUCCGACUUAUAACCAAUAUAAAACUUUAAAAAUUAGCUCAACCUCUUUUGAAGAAAAUAAGCUGAAAAUAAAACUUGGAGGAGACACUGAAAAUGCUUCAAUUCAUGCUCUUUUUUUCAAUUAUUUAUCAGAAAGUUUAAUUCAACAAUUAACUCAAUUUAUCUCUUUAUAUGAAUUGCCAUCUAGGCAUUAUCAAAAUUUUUCUCAAGAAAAAUCAUACUAUAUGCAAAGCAGAAAAUUAGACGAAGAAUAUCAAUAUAUCCUUGAGAGAAAAUAUCAGCCAAGAUUUGUAGGGAAUACUUUGCAAAAGCCACAAUUGUUAUGUAAAAGAAAUUUUAUAGAAGAUACUGUGACAGAAACUCAAAGAGCUGAAAAAGGCGAAAAGCUAAAGCAUGCAAAACUUGGUAUAGCCUGAGCCUUUUUUUGGCUCGAGUUAUCGUGGCAUCUCCUGAUGUUAAUGGGAGUAGGUUUUACCAACAUUUGUCGGUAAAACCAUUUAUCAAAUGUUAACUCUUCAAUAAGAAGUGGUCAAGUUGCAAAAGAUAUUAGAGUUAAUUUUAUUGCAAGGACAUCAGAUGAAAUCAGAAGCUAACUUUCAGUAUGCUGAUAGCACUGUACUCAUUGUAGAAUCUUAAAAAGAAAUUGAAACGAUAUUAAGAAGCUUGAAGAAAUGAUUGGAUGAAAAAAAUGCGAGGCCGAAUAUAGGGUUAGAAAAGACGGCAAUAAUGCCAAUUAUUAAUAAAAUAGAAAAUCGAAUAUAGAGAUAUUUUUAACGGCACAGAAAUACCGCUAGUAGAAAAAUAUAAAUGCCUAAAAUUAUGUUAAAAGGUAGAAUAAAAGCAACAGGAUUUGAUCAGGCUCAAUAUACUCAUUUAAAAGGCAUAACAAGGGUUACUUGCUGUUCCGUUAUACUGACAAUAAAAAGGCUAUUACAUAUACCCACUAAAACUCUUAUUAAUUCCUUAAAGCAAUUUUCUUGCCGAGAUACACAUAUGGUCUGGAAAUCUGUUCGAGAUCAAAUUGGUGAGCUUAUGAAAGACACCAUACGAAUGAGAGAUUGGAGUCUGAGCUAGAAAUUGAGGUAAAUAUCUUGCAAAAAGUUGAUUGUGUGAUAAAGAUGAAUUUAGCAAUAUUUGACGAAAAUUAGAAGAAGCAGAAAAAGUAGCAAACAUGACAAUUUUUUUUCAAAUUCAGGAGACAGAGCAGGAUUUGAAAAUUUUGGAGUUACAGAAGCUUAUUUACUAGAUUAAAAGGAUGGGGAAAAAAAAAGUUAUUGGGGCAUGCCCUGAAAUAGCAGGUAAAAUGCAAUUUUAAUGAAUUGAACUUGUCAUCUGGGGAGUUGGUCUUACCAACAAAUGUUGUAAAACCAUCUCCCCGAUUGAUGUCAGGAGAUCUCGGAAUAGCCCGAACGUAAAAACGGCUUGGGUGAUACCUAUAUGCAUAACUCAAAAAGGAAUUUAAAUUCAUGUGCAUGUUCAGGAGGUAAUUAUGAUAAUUUUGGUCAAAAUCUUGAUUUUCUUGAGCAUCCUGCUAUUUGGGUAUUUGAUGUUGAUAUCAAUGAGGGUACAGCAGAAAUCUUACUUGAUAACUUUAACUAUAGCCAAAUUUGUGUUAUUGCUACAAAUGGAGAAGGGCUCUCAUAUGAAGUUUGCAGUGUCCCUAAUCCUACCAUUGGACUGAAAGAUAUGAGGCUGCAACAGUCUCUUGAUUCUUCUAUCUUUUUCGCAUUUAAAUAUCUCAAUAGGCUAAUUUCCGUAAUAAUAUAUCAUCAAUUAUAAAAAAUAACUAAUUUAGAGUAAGUGCAUUUCAGAAAAAAUUCAAAGCAAAGCAGUUUUAAUUGGUGAGUCAUUUAAAAUCAAUGACAUCAAUAGUACGAGCUAUGAGAUUAUAGACUCCAUAGAGAAACUAUAUAGGAUUCAAAAAGAGCUUAUUAAGCUGAAUAAAAGCUUAAUCAGCUAUGAGAGCUGGGAUUUUCUAGGAAAAUGGGAAAGUUUAUCAUAUGAAAAAAAGCUUGAAGUUUAUGACAAAUUUGUUUCUCAUGAGCUUAAUAUAUUUAUAUAUAAAAAGGACCCGAACUUUUUUAAAGAAAUAAUUGAACCUCAUCUUAAAUGCAAAAUGGAAAAAGAUUUUGUAGAUAUGUAUUUGCUAUCUGAGCCUCUAGAUUAUUAUCUUAGCUUAUCUAAUCUUGCAAAAUUAAAUACUUUACUCCCUUUAAGAGAGUAAGAUCAUUGGAAAAAUUUAUUUGAGAAAAACUAAGCCAAUUAAAGAGAGCAAAAAUUUUUCUGAUGCAUUAUUUUUAUAUAUAAAUAACCAUUUUUAUUUAAUUUAUUAAUUUUUUAUGGCUUGCAAAACAAUUUUAGAUAUAAAUUUAAUAUAUACCUAAAUCAAUGAAUAUAAUUUUUUUAUUGAUUAGAAUGAUGCCCUAUUUUAUAAUUAUGCCUUGCAUAUUUUGAUCAUCAUACUGGCGAUAUCAAUAUGGUAAUUUUUGCAGAAAAAUAUGCUACUAAUAUCACCAGCAUGACUCGCAUACUUGCGAUCAAAAAUGUUCAAGGCACAAUAAAAUAUCUCCUUUAAUGCUGAUUAGGUAUCAUUUUUUAAAAAAGUUAAGCAAGAAAAUCUUGAUCACUCUUAAAGGGGAGUCAGAAAAAAUUUUACUUAUAGACAGAAUUUCUGAAAAUAACCCUGAUUUUGCCCUUAGCCUAGCAAGAUUAUUAAAAGAUGAAGCUGAUUCAAUCUCUAUUAGCCAACAAUUAAAACACAAACAAAAAGAGCUAGUCUUAAGAUUUAAUUUAUCUGAUGAUUUGAUGAAGCAAUGUGAAAGCCCUCAGCCUGACGAAAGCGAAUUAGAUGAAGAAUUAGAAAUUCAAGAAAGACGUAAUGAAUUUCAAAAUAAAUUUAACCUCCUCAGCAGAAUGCUAAUUAAAAGUGAUGGAAGCUCUGAUAGAGAAAAUGAUGAAAAAGAAUGUAAAAAAACAAAAUCCCGGAAAAAAGGUAUGAAAUUAUUUGGCAAUCAGAAACAAAAAGAAGAAAAAGAUGAUAAAAAAAUCCCAGUGUAUUAUUAUGGAUUGGAAAUUUUAUUUAUAUCAUUUUACUAUAAAGGUUUUUUUGGAGUGUGGAAGUAGAAAAAUCAUGAGUUUUUAUAUUUGAAAAAGGAAAGAAAGGGAGAAAUUUUUUCAGAUAUGAUACCAAAAGCUUGAUGCCACAAAGGAAUUUUGUGAAACUUUUUAUUUUGGGGUUACAAAUAACGCUGGAAAUAAAAAUUUGGUGCCUAAUAAUUUAUUUUGGUCAGAAUUAGCUAAUUUAAUUGCGAAUAAAGAAAGUUCACUAGUACUAUCUGAAGAAAUUUUAGGAGCGACAUCAAGCUUAACAGAAUUGAUUUGCGCUUUAGCUUUUACAGACCUUCCUUUAGUCCCCAAAAAUAUUAAUUAUCUGCUUGAAAAGAAUUCAAUUACUUAUACUGCCAAUAGCAAUUUUCUUAUUUUUUAUAAAGAACUCUAUGAAGCUGAAUCAGAAAUAAACAAUAAAAUUUUAUGCUUCGUUAAAAAGAAUAGUGAAUUAAUAAGAGAUUUCAUUUCCCUUUAUACAUAUAAAAUAGUUAAAAUCGCCUCUAAUCCAUCAGUGUGCUCAGCUUUAGGGCUAUAAUUUCCCAGCAUUAUUUUGAUGCCCAAAACAAAGAGAAAAAUAUAAACCAAUUUAUCAAACAAAAAAUAUAUGGUUGCAAAGUUGUUUUAACUAAUUCUUCAGGAUCAAAAUUAAAUGUCAAUCUUUUAGCUGAAAUCCCUCAAGGAAGUAUCCCAGUUGGAAACACAAAAUAUAUCCAAAACCCGAUUUUAUCAUUAGAGAGCUAUCAUACACAAAAUUUUGAAUACCUUUUUUAUUUUCCGGAAUCUGGAAAUUUUACUCAUUUUCCAGCCAAUGUUUCUCAUAAUGGCAAAGUGAUAGCAAAAACUGAGCCUAAGGUUAUGAAUGUAGAUUGCGUCAUAAGGACUGAUAAACUUGAAAAUUUCGAUGAUUUAGUACUAAGUGGGAGAAAGGAUUUGAUUUUAGAAUUUUUAUGAUACAUGAGUAAGAAUAAGUGGGGUAAUUAUAAGAGAUUUUUUAUAUGAAAAUAAAAGUAAUGUUCUAUGUGAAUUAAUAUGAGGUAGAAUAAAUAUAGAAAAUUUAUAUAGUGAAGAGAAAGGAUUUAAUGCCUUAAAAAUCUGCUGAAUGAUGAAGGAUUUUGAUUUUUGGAAAAAGACAGUAGAAAUACUGAAGAGAAGGAAUAUUUAUGUAAGAGAAAUUUGGAGUUUUAGUGUUUUUCAUCAUUAUUUGGAGGUGUUUAAAGAACUUAUUUCUCUUGAAAAAGAGGUAUUAGCCAUACUUGGCAAUUUCUUUGAGUCACCAACUAUAUCAGCAGAUUAGUAUUAUUAAAGACAGACUCUAGCCAUAUUGGUGAUACAGUCAUCAAAGACCUUCCGUACAGGAGCUUCAACACUUCGCGACAAACUGCCCAGUAAGUCUAGCCAUAGCAGAUACAUUUGUCUCUUCCUUUGCUUGCACUUCAGCAUUGAAUGAGCAGCUUAUGGAUUUCUGUAGUCUGCGACUGGCGAUUGGGAGUAACUUGAUUCAGAGAUUAGCUCCAUGAAGUCUAUCGGGUGCCAGAGUGCCUUUUUUUGGCAGCUAAAGGAAAAAGACUGUUUCCCUAUAGCCCAGGCUUAAUCCCCCGGUCCCUCGGAAGAGGAUGCUCAAGGGUCCAAAGGACAUUACUGAGCAUCUCCAUUUCCAACCACAGGAAAUCAGCCAAAACCUACCCGAUACACAUCUGCUUAGGCUGCACUUGUUUCUCAGCUUGGAGUCCAUUCCAGUUCGGUGACCUUAAGAUCUGGACUGUUGUGCCAAGAGGACAUGUUGACAUGCGCCGGCAUUUGAAUGCAUACCACUAUAUCAACAGGAAUAAAUAGAUAUAGACAUGUUGAAUUUGAUCCAAUUGUUAAUGCAAGAGUCCAUAAACUGAGAAAUCAACCAAAAAUCACAAACACUCACUUCAAAGAAAUAUAUAAAAAUUUUUUACAAUUUUUAUCAGAAAAACCUAGUCUUGAUAUAAAAGAUAAAUUAGCUUUUGUCCAAUAUUUGAUAUACCAAGACCGCUAUGAAGAAGCAAUAGAGAUUUAUCGGACAAUACCAUUAGAACCAUCUAUAAAUGCUCCAGGUCAGACUUAUCUUCAAAUACAGUAUGACUAUUUAACAUGCUAUCUUGAUAUUAAUAAGGCUUUAUCCAUUGCCUCUUUAUAUAAAAAUUACCCAAUAAAUACAUGAAAAAAUCUUUUUUCUGAUGUUACUGAUCUUCUACAAGAAAUAAGCGUUCAAGAUACUACUAAGGAAGCGAAAUCAGUGGAUAUUGAGCCAUCUCUAAUGUUUUCUAUAGAAAAAGGCAUCGUAAUGCUUUACUAUCAAUUUGUUAGCAGCUGCAAAAUAAAAAUUUAUAAUAUUGAUCUAGAAAUUUUGUUUUCAAAAAAUCCGUUUUUAAUUGGAAAUACUCAAGAUUUUACCUUUGUUAAGCCAAAUUUCGAAAUUCCUAUUAAUUUGCCUAAAGAAGGAGAAUAUCACUAUAGCAUUCCUGAUGAAUUUUUUAAAGAAAAUAUUAUGCUGGAAAUUGACUAUGGGGCUUAUACAGUAUCAAAAUCAUAUUUUGCAGCAAGACUAAAAAUGAAUCUAAUAGAAAGGUACGGGAUCAUUAAAGUCAUGGAUAUGAAUUUGAUGCCAAAAGCUGCAUCUUAUGUGAAAACUUUCGUUAAAAGAAAAAAUGGGCGUGUGGAAUUUUAUAAAGAUGGGUAUACUGAUAUUAGAGGAAAUUUUGAUUAUGCUUCAUUAAAUAGUGAUACUUUAUCUUCUAUUCAAAGAUUCUCAAUAUUGGUUGUUGACGAUGAACUUGGUUCUAUAGUUCAAGAAGCAAAUCCUCCAGCACAGUAA